GUCAAGAGUCAUCAUACUAGAAUUUUAUAAAGUGGCCUACAAUGGAAACACUGAGCUACCAGGCUCCCUUCUGUGAUAGCCUUUCUGCUGGAGUGACUCCUUCAAGUCAUAGCACACCAUUGCAGAAUCCACAGGAGAAGAAACUUGAGGAAGAAGAAGAGAAAAAAGGAGAUACUUUACUGGAUCUAAAUGUCCCUGGUGAUGAUUCUGCUACUGGGUGUAGUCCGGUGCUGAAUCUCAUCACCUGUCUGGAAACGGAUUUGUCAUCAGAAGACCCCCAUGAGCCAAGAGUGUUUUCUUGUAACUACUGUCAGAGGAAGUUCUACAGUUCACAAGCUCUUGGUGGACACCAAAAUGCUCACAAAAGAGAAAGGUCCAUAGCAAAGAAAAGUCACAGAUCAGUAUCAUCCAUGGUGGCCCCAGCAACAGAUUUUGGAAUUCCUUUUCCUCACUAUCCCACUGUGGCUUCUCUGCCUCUCCAUGGUGCUUGUGGUAAUAAACCACUUGGAAUUCAGACUCACUGCAUGAUUCAUAGGCCUCCUCCUCUUCUUUCUCCUCACUUCUCAUUCAAUGGUUUUUCAAACACUUUUGGACAUCAUCAUGGGUGGUCAAGACCCCUUAUUACUCAACAACCUGGGAUAGGGAAGUUAACUAUGGAAAGUUGUCGCAAAACAUCACGAGACAACGUUGGCAGAUUACAACUCAAGUCAGCAGGUAAUGAAGAAAUAAGUGAAUAUCUGGUUAGUGGAAAUACUGGUCAAGAGAAAAAGAAACACCUUGACUUGUCCCUAAAGCUCUAAGCAUCAUCAAAGUUAGUCUUUAAUUACUAGGUUAAUGUUUUGUCAAAUUUAUUGUUUAACAGCUUGCAAUAAGGUAGUGUUGUAAAUUUGUUUGAGAGGAAGUUUGUUAAUUCCUUUUAAGGAAGGUUUAAUUUUGUGUUCUUA